GCGACGCAUUGACAGAGAGGAAUAAAUUUUCAGGAAAACCAACGCAAUCGGCGUAAUUCGCGGAUUACUUAUGCAAUUCGCUUGAAAUGAGCGAUUAAAAUCAUCGUUUGUUUUGUGCCAGUGUGGGACUGUUAUAAAUAAAAGAAAAAUGAAUGCAAUUGCCGAAAGCCGGUUGCCUACGAGGCUCGCGACGCUUCUCUACCGCUUUUUAUCUUCCAACAGUGCACAAGCUUCUGACACAGCUCUUGUACAGCUCAGCACUACCUGCGUUAAUCGAUUGAAGCAAAUUUGCAUGAACGACAUGUUCCUUCGCGUAUCUGUCGAAGGCGGAGGGUGCUCCGGAUUUCAGUACAAAUUUUCAAUUGAUACACAACUUGAAAACGAUGAUACUGUUGUAAGCCGGGACGGUGCUCGGGUAGCUAUUGAUAGUGCCUCCGUUGAGUACCUUAACGGGGCCACCAUCGAUUUCCACACAGAACUGAUACGCUCCGGAUUUCGAGUGAUCAAUAAUCCGCGGGCGGACCAGGGUUGUUCGUGUGGGGCGUCGUUUGCCGUGAAACUGGAUUAACAUUCGGACCACGCUGAACGAAAACGCUCCGUGUAGAAAUGAUGUAAACAACAAGUUCGAUCUUUAUUGUAGUUCGAGUUUAAAUUUGUGUUUUUUGUUUGUUUAAUAUACAUCUAUUAAUUCA